AUGACUGAAGAAUUUGUAUUUAGAUGUUGCAUGGUUCCUUUACUCGCUUUGGCAGAUUUUUCUCGGAUUCAAAUCAUAUUUUUAUCGCCUUUGGUAUUUGGAAUAGCACAUAUACAUCAUGCUUGGGAGGUUUAUGUCACUAAUGGAAGGACUAUGGCAACAGCAAAAUUUGCAAUAUUUGCUUCAAUAUUUCAAUUCUUCUAUACGACAUUGUUUGGGUGGUAUGCCACGUUUUUGUUUAUGAGAACCGGUCAUUUUAUUCCACCAUUUUUUGCUCAUAUAUUUGGUAAUGUAAUGGGAUUUCCAGUUUUUAAUAUGGCAGCAUAUCCAAAAAAAGUUAAAAAAGCUAUAAUAUUAGCAUUCCUCGGUGGGUUGCUAACCUUUGGGUUUUCUUUAGGUCCUGCGACCAAUCCGAGUUUGUAUGAGGAUGUUGGAAAGUCAAUAUAUUGGUACAAUGCAAAUAAUGGAAGCAAACCACAAGUUAAAUGA